AUGCUUUCAAUUAAUUCUCUAAUUAAACCUCCAAAAGCUGGUAACUGUACUGUUUAUUCAGAAAAUGAACCUGCUAUUUCUGUAAAUGAUUUUAAAGAAAUUAUUAAUGACCCAUUAAAUUCUUCGAUUAGAGAAAAUAAAAUAGAUCAGUUGAAAGCUAAAAUUGAUCAAAUAAUUGAAAAUGAUAUUGGCGAGUUAGAAGAUAUUGUAACACCAGAGCUAUGUCAUUCAUCACUUUUGGAAUCUCCUAGUUUUAACUGUACAGUUUACUAUUUAUCAGGGUACUAA